AUGUCCCUAAAGAGGGUGAAACACCAUGGCACAAAGAGAGAAGAUGAAGAAACGCGAAUAGCUCGAGCUGGAGGAUUCGAACCCGGAUGUGACGGUGGUGUGUCGGAUGGGAUCUAUGGCGGAUUUAAGAAAACGAGUCGAUUUGAUUCCUUCGUAAAGUGGGUUUUCUCAAAGAAAAUAAAAUGA